AUGUGCAGGGGGGGGGGUGGGGGUGGGGGGGAGUUGCGAGAGGGCAGUUCUGUGAUUGAUCGCUCACUACAGGCCAUCGUGUGCGAGAAAAUUAUGAACGAUGUCAUCAAGAAAGCACGGGAGAAAGGCAAAUGGAAAGUGCUGGUUGUGGACAAACUUAGCAUGCGCAUGGUGUCGUCCUGCUGUAAGAUGACCGACAUCAUGUCCGAGGGCAUCACCAUCGUAGAAGACAUCACCAAGAAGCGAGAGCCUCUGCCGACCAUGGAGGCCAUCUACCUGAUCACCCCGUCUGACGAGUCGGUGGACGCUCUCAUCGAUGACUUCAGAGACCCACGGAACCCAAACUACAAAGCAGCACACGUCUUCUUUACGGACACCAUCCCAGACUCACUGUUCGGCCUGCUCACAAAGUCUCGCGCCUCCAAAGCCAUGAAGGCCUUGACCGAGCUCCACGUGGCCUUCCUGCCCUACGAGUCACAGGUUUUCUCUCUGGACAAAGCGGAUGCCUUUCAGGACUUCUACAGCCCGUUUAAGUCAGACGUGAAGAACAACAUGCUGGAGCGUUGUGCGGAGCAAAUAGCCACGCUGUGUGCCACGCUGAAGGAAUACCCUGGGGUUCGCUACCGAGUGGAGUACAAAGAUUGUGGAGUCCUGGCACAGAUGCUGCAGGAGAAGCUGGACGGAUACAAAGCAGAUGAUCCCACGAUGGGAGAGGGUCCAGACAAGUCACGGUCUCAGCUGAUCAUCCUGGACCGAGGCUUCGACCCGGUCUCCCCGGUGCUGCACGAGCUGACCCUGCAGGCCAUGGCGUACGACCUGCUGGCCAUCGAGAACGACGUCUACAAGUUUGAGACCAGUGGCAUGGGCGAAACCAGGACUAAGGAGGUCUUACUGGACGAGGAUGACGACCUGUGGCUGAGCCUGCGCCACAAGCACAUCGCAGAGGUGUCCACGGCAGUGACGAGGUCACUCAAAGAAUUCUCAGCGAGCAAGAAGAUGAAGACUGGGGAGAAGACCACCAUGAAGGAGCUCUCACAGAUGCUCAAGAAGAUGCCUCAGUACCAGAAAGAGCUAAGCAAAUACUCCACCCACCUGCACCUGGCUGAGGACUGCAUGAACCGCUACCAAGGCACCGUGGACAAGCUGUGCCGAGUGGAACAAGACUUGGCGAUGGGCACAGACGCAGAGGGGGAGAAGAUCAAAGACCCCAUGAGGCUGAUCGUACCUGUGCUGCUAGACAGUAACGUGACGGUGAUGGACAAGAUCCGCAUAAUCCUGCUCUACAUCUUCCUCAAGAACGGAGUGACUGAAGAGAACCUGUGUAAACUGCUGCAGCACGCAAACAUCCCCCCGGAGGAUAGUGACAUCAUCUCCAACAUGGCCCACUUGGGGAUGCCCAUCAUCUCUGAGGGAACAGCAAAGAAAACCAAGAAACCUGACCGGAAAGAGCGUAUCAGCGAGCAGACGUACCAGCUGUCCCGGUGGACCCCAUAUGUCAAAGAUGUUAUUGAGGACGCCAUUGAAGACAAACUGGACCAGAAGCUGUACCCGUACAUCUCUCAGAGACAAGUGUCGUCCAAAGUCAGCGCCCCAUCCAGCAGUGCUCGCUACGGCAACUGGCACAAGAACCGUGGCCCCACAGAGAUCAAGACGGGCCCCCGGGUCAUCGUCUUCAUCAUCGGAGGAGUGAGCUACAGUGAGAUGCGCUGUGUGUACGAGGUCACACAGGCCAACGGGAAGUGGGAAGCGCUCAUCGGCGGAACUCACAUCCUCACUCCUCCCAAAGGGUGGCGACGAGCAGCCUGCAGACUGAAGACUCCAGAGACCUCUCGUCUACGUCUCGCCUUGUCAAAGACCUGGAGAAUGUCUGCUGCACCGGCGUCCACCACCACCAGCUCGUAG